UUCCGUGUUUUCGCUGUCAAAUUCGCUGAAAAUAUCCCCAUCAACAGCUCGAGCCCUUGAAGAUUUCAAAGGAAAAUAACACGAUUUCAGAACUGCAGCACACUGAUAAGUGAGAUAUUUAAUUUUACCUUAUAGUAUUUCAUCACGCAUUAUAAAUUGAUGUAUUACGCAGAAUGUUCUAGCUGUUUUCAUGUCAAGUUGUGAGAAGUGUACAGACUACCAACUACUCAACAUUUAAAGUUGGUAAAACUAACAAUAGAUAUCCCACCGAAACUACACUUCCUUCACGAAUUCCUACGAAACCUUCUUAAUCAGCCACCAUGAGAGAUAAUGUAAAAACGGACACGAAAGGAUGUGCUUUCUCGCUAUUGUAUUCUUUGGGUUCUUUCGGAUUGGCCUGCGCCAGUUUGUGGGAAUUGAAUCCAUCAGAUCGGAUCACAGUGCAGAAGGGAGCUCUACUUAUUAGCUUAGGAUUUGUGUACUUUGUAGCCCUCACCGAGUUUCUCAAUAAACUAAUCCUGCGUACAAGUGUAGGACUGUGCUUUGUUAAAAGAUACCGGCUAAGGAUUUCUGAUGUGCUAGAUAUUACUAACAAAAUCGUUUCGGCUGUUCAAGCAAUGUUUUCUUGUUUGGCAGGGUUCUUCGUUUGCCGAUGGUCGUGUCCUCGAAAUUUCUUACACGCCACACACUUCUUGUCCGAAUCGUACGCAUGGUUUGCAGCCUCAUACUUCUUCUACGAUAUCUGGUCUAUGUACAAAGUAUACGCGGCAGAAGCCUCAAAUAAACUUCUAGCGAAGCUCGGGCUUACAUCCAACAAUGGAGAAGAAAAAGCAAGUAGCAAUGGGAAAAACAUUGAAAAAUGUGUUGCAGGUACACACGGUAUUCAACUACAAACAAUAGAUGACAUUCCAAGCAUUAGUAAUGGUACACUGAGCAUUCUACUUUCUGGUAAGCUAGGAACACCUAGCUUUUUACGUUAUUUAAUAUCUCAUAAAUUGAUGGUGUUUCACCAUCUUUUCAUUGGUUCAUACGGUUUGGCAGUAAUAUCGUUUCUUCGUGGUGGCCUAGGAGACUGUGUAUUUAGUUUCAUGUAUAUGAUGGAACUAUCAACGCCAUUUGUAUCAUUCCGUGGUAUUUUAAGCAUCUUAGGGCUGAAGGAGAGUAAGGUAUACAUUGCUAACGGAUUAGUGAUGUUGGUCUCAUUUUUCUGGUGCCGAGUCUUCCUGAUGCCAUACGUGUGCUACUAUUAUAGCCAUGUAGUAAAUUUACCAUUUUUUGAAGCAUUGUGGCGUCUUCCACGGGGCUGCAAAGUCAGUAUUCUAGCUUUAUUCUUACCCCAGUUGUAUUGGUUCCGGCUGAUGAUAAGAGGAGCCAUAAAGGUUUUCAUUUCCAACAAAAAAUCUUCAAAACAAGGCAAAAUGUCGAACGGUACAACGAGCAAUGGCGUAGGGCUAAAACAUUCACAAUCCAAAGAUAGCGAAAUACGUUCGCUUAUGUUCUAAGAUGGAAAGUCAGGGUUGAUUCUCUCGGCAGCUUACAUCAAUCGUACCUUCUACCAAGUGGUUUGAUUGAAAUUAAUUUACUUUAGAGAGAGCACAGUAGAAUAGUUUAAAUCCCACAAUCUAAUUAACAUUUUGGGUUUUCUUUUCACUCACUAGUCAUAGAUAAUAUCUUGAAGAAAUUAGCUGCUAGGCAAAGAGGUUAAUAAUACAAAUAAAAUUAUCCGAUUCUUUUGCCUUCGCAAAUUUACGAGCAACUCCGAUUGGUUUCACUUAUUUAAAACAUGCAUUAUUAUUUUAGGUGCAAUCUCUAAAAACGAGGAAUUCCUUUAACAAAAGAUAAUUUAAAAAAUGAGACGUUCUACGGCCUAGUGAUCCAGCUGUAAACAAUCAGUAUUCGCGAAAAAGAUAAUAUUGAACGAACAUCAAUUGACAUCAAUUGACAAAAGCUAAAGAAAUUGCAAUCGGUCUUGAUUAGUGAAAUUAUUUUCAAUCGGUCUUAAUUAAAGAAAUUACAAAGAAUUUAAAUCGAGAUUCUUCACUGCAUCUUCGUUGAGGUAUAAAAAAAGUCUUAGUUUAGAAGUAAAUGAACAAAUUUGAAAGUAUUACGCGCAAGCAUAGUUUCAAACCAUUACAAGUCGCUUUACUAGUUCGCCUAGCGUCUCAGAGCUUUCUUCUAUCAUGCACUAAAGAACAACUAACGAAAGGAAAGAAUGAAUAUUUUUUGCAGUACUAGUAUUUACAAUGCAAUAGGUGAUAAAUUAAUAAAGCUUAAACACUGACAAAAAAGAUGCUGUGGAUGUUUGGAAAGAUGGGUAAUCUAUACACAAAUGCAGCUAGUUCUCUCAACGACAUAUUUUGAAUUGAAACAAUGAAUAACAUUCAAAUAAUGGAAUUAGCGUGUAGGCAUUGAUUGGAUUAUUAGAACAGAUAGAAAUAAUAUAUCAAUGUCGGAGCUUUCAUUUUUUAGAAAAUAUACACGUAUACAAAAUGUUUGGAAAUUUUUUUAAAAAAUAAGUGUGCUAAACAAAUUUCUUACAAAUGAUAUUUUUGCCGAAUAUAUAGUAUAUCAAGUGUAUCCGUGAAUUGUACAGAUAUUCCAAAUCAAACUAGCCGUUAAACAAACCCCAAUGCUAUGAGAGGUAAUUAAAACCAAAAGACUAGAUUUAUUUCGGUUAUUGGAGUUUAAAAGUUACCGAAACAAUAAUACAAACACAAAUACUUCCACACUGAAUUGACGAUGGAACGAAUAACACAAAUUCCCAAUACAUCUGUAUGCUGUCCAUGAUUGUUGAAAAUCCAUUCAUUGUUAGAUGUUCCUUCCAAAUGAGGUAAGAUACGUGUGACAUUCAGUAAUCAUAACGUAGCAAACAAAUUGUGAAGUGUGUCAAACAAUGUAAAUGGUUACUGGCACUUUCAUAAUGCAAAUGAAAGGUGAACAAGUAAAUGCAUAGAAAAUAAAGUGUAAUAACUUGGAAUUUUUCGACAGAUUAAGUGAUUACUGAUGCGAUAUAAAUGAUAGCUAAAGAGUGAAAAAUCAAAAUAACACCGAUGUUAUGUGUAAUACCCUAAUAGACGGCAUUAAAAAAGUCAUUCACAAAUAA